AUGGGCGCGAUUAUUGAUGAUAAAUUGUAUCCUUUGAAGAUAACAUCCGAGAAGUCAACUCUUCUACACUCUGGAAAAGCCCCCAUUGCCAACCAUGGCUAUAAAUAUGCGAUUCUUGAUGAUAGCGACAACAUUGUUCAGAUGGAAAACUUCACUCGCCAACCAUUGAACGAAGAUACCCAGAACGAAUAUUACAACAGAACCUGGACAUCAGUGUUCCUUCCGGAGCUUCCUACUGUACUAGAUCCACUUCCUAUUAUUAAUCGUAUUGAUUCUGACUUACAUAUUGAUGGAGAAAUUCCUACUGUUCACAUUACCGGUAACCAAACAGCACUCGAUUAUAUCCACAGCCAUGCGAAUGAUGAUAUAGAUGUUCCGGGAUUACACAUGACAUAUAUCAGUCCUAACAAGGUUAAAGUGUUCAAAAAUAUCACCCUUUCUAUAUCUGGACAUAGUAGUCGUAAUGAGGAAAAGCUUUCAUAUAAAAUCAAACUACUCAAAGAGGAUGACCUCUCCGAUUAUCGUCGUUUCAAGUUCAGAUCAUUAGCCACUGACCCCUCCUACAUGAGAGAACAUGUUGCCUACAGUGUUGGCCGCUCCGCUGGUCUUCCCAUCACCGGAUUUUCUUACCUUCGUCUCUAUUUAAAUGAUCGUCCUAUAGGAUUAUUUGGGCUCGCUGAAGAUUAUAAAAACCCUUGGCAGCGGAAUGAAUUCGCAGGUGGCGACAAAGGCUAUAAACAAGGCGCUUUUUAUGUUGCCAAUCUAAACGGUAAUAUGAAGUUGGUUGCUCCACCUUUCAAUGGUAACACAACGGAAGGAAAAGAUGGCAGUUUUGAUUUUCCUCCCCUAGGUGAACAGGGACCUAGCAAUCCUAGUCAUCAUGGCGGCUUCAAGGGUUUCAGACAUGAUAAAUCCAAUUUACAUUACGUCGGUGAGAAUGCAACUCUGUACCGAGACUACUAUGAUUUAAAGGAGAAUCCCUCUGUGGGCACGGCCAAUUAUACCAAAAUCAUCGAAUUAACCAAGUUUAUUGCUCAACAACCCAACAUCACAGAUGCCGAUAAUUCCGUCACUUCACAAUGGGAGCAAUAUAUUGAUGUUGACAGUGCUUUGCGGAUGAUUGCCUUGGAAAUUGUUAUAAGUAACUCAGACUCUUAUAUGGCCAUGGGAAACAACUAUAUCAUAUACGAGGACCCUGAUGCCGAUCGUCUUAUGUUCAGUGCUCAAGAUUUUGACCUCACUAUGGGUCAUGGCAUGCAUAAUGCAACUCUAAUGUAUGGUGGCAAUUGGACUGCUUUCCCCGGUUUCUUGGAUAGCCCUUUAACUGCCACCUUAUAUCAUGUCCCUAAAUACAGAAAAAAGCUUGAAAAUCUCAUUCAUACUAUGACAGCAGGUAUAAUGAACUCUAAGGUCUUGAAUCCUCGUAUAGACGCUCUUUACAAGAUGCUCAAGGAAGAUGUGGAUUGGGACAAGACCUUGCCGCGUGUCAAUGCUGUCCCUACAAACGAGACUUCUCGUAGAAGGCAUUUUAGUAUGGGCAAUACCAGCAUGACCUUUGAUGAAGCUGUUAAUGGAAAUGCCAACAGAGCAAAUACACUAGGAUUGAAAGAAUUUGUUAAGACUCGUAGCCGAAACCUUCUCGAAUUUUUCAAUUCUAGUAAGGCUUGA